AUGAGGGUCUUGUUUUUUGUCUUUGGAGUCCUUUCCUUGAUGUCCACAGUUCCUCCAGCCAGAAGCUUCAUUUCUAAUAAUGAAUGUCCUUCAGAAUAUUAUCACUGCAGACUGAAGUGCAACGCUGAUGAACAUGCAAUUAGAUAUUGUGCCGACUUCAGCAUCUGCUGCAAACUGAAGAUCAUUGAAAUUGACGGACAAAAGAAGUGGUGA